UCGGCCCGUUUUACCAUUACGAAAUGUCUUUAAAGGCCAAGGUAAGAAACCCUAGGCUCUCUCGUUAGAUACCUCUUCAGUUGCCGCUGCUUCUUUUUGCUCCACAAUCAGAGUUCCUUCAACCUAACUACCAUGACCAAGCGAACAAAGAAGGCUGGUAUUGUUGGGAAGUAUGGCACCAGAUAUGGUGCUAGUUUGCGUAAGCAGAUUAAGAAGAUGGAGGUUAGUCAACACAGCAAAUUUUUCUGUGAAUUCUGUGGGAAGUAUGCUGUGAAGAGGAAGGCUGUGGGAAUUUGGGGCUGCAAGGACUGUGGUAAAGUCAAAGCAGGCGGUGCUUACACUUUGAACACUGCAAGUGCUGUGACUGUGAGGAGCACAAUUAGAAGGCUGAGGGAACAAACCGAGAGCUAAGCUGCUAUUGUCAAGGCCUCUACUUCUGUGUCUUUAGGAGAUGUCUGCAGUUUGUUUUAGGGAUAGAAGGCUACUUGAAAAUGCUGUGGAGUUAAAAUUUACAUUUUUGAUGAGUUGAUGUUCAACUUACUAGUCCGCUAUGUGGUUUUGGUCAUUUUUGUUGGCAUUAAAAUAUCUUCCGUUACCUUUUGAACUCUAUCAUUUGCUAUCUGAUUAUUUAUUUGAA